AAACGAUUGACAGGUCACGUGAUGAAAGCUAGGAACGCUAGGAAAUUAUGUAGAAAUUUGCUGGGCUAUUUCAACAAGAAAUAUAGAAGAUUUCACCUAAAAUUGGACAUAAGAGAUGCCGGGGACGGUCCGUAUAAAGAUCACGGAGCUGAAUCCCCACCUGAUCUGCGUGUUGUGUGGCGGGUAUUAUAUCGACGCCUCUACCAUCAGGGAAUGCUUACAUUCUUUUUGUAGGACAUGCAUCAUCAAAUACCUUGAGACAACCAAAUAUUGUCCAAUAUGUGACGUCAUGGUUCAUAAAACGAAGCCACUUCAAUACGUCAAAUCAGACAAAAAUCUGCAGGACUUGGUGUAUAAACUUGUUCCGGGACUUUACAAGGACGAAAUGAAGCGACGAAGAGAAUUCUAUUCCAGCCAUCUUGAAGCAGACAAUUCUGACCCCCCGCGACCCAGUGAAGCUCGGGGAUAUGAAGACAAAGACAGGCUCAUUUACACGGAGGAUGAGAAAAUCAGCCUCGCUCUGGAACUUUUCUCAGACGUCCCAGAGUGCACUAAAAAAGAUCCGGAUAAUCCUAAUAGAUUACAGCAGCAAGACAUCCGGUAUUUACAGUGCCCCGCGGCGGUGGCCGUAGCACAUCUAAAGAAAUUCAUCCGCAUGAAGUUUGACCUACCGCCAAAAUACAUGAUCGAUAUCUAUCAUUCGGAUGAACCACUCAAGGAUUUCUUCACAUUAAUGGAUAUUGCUUAUAUAUACACGUGGAGAAGGACAGCACCGCUGAGGCUUCUGUAUACUGUUUACGAACAGCGCACGAAAAAACGGAGAAACUCGAAUGAAGAAGACGUGGGUCAAACACAAAAACAGCCAAAAUUAAAGGAAAAAGACUCCAUGAAACUCAAAGAAAGCAAGCCUACCGAAAAUCGCGAAAGCGCUUCCCCGGAUAGACCACUUGUGGACGAAAAUUCAUCUCCGGAUAAAAACGAAUUAAAAACAAAGGAGACAGAGAGAGAGUGCAAGGAUAAAAUUGAGGAAAAGGUGGACAAGGUCGAGGAUAAUGAUGUCGAUGAACAAACAUUGUCAGGAAGCAAAAGUUUUAAACCGUCAACGAACAAGCCAAAACUAACUGAAAAAGACUGUGUGAAAAAUAUAUUGUCUGGAAAGAAAACAAUACAGAAAUCUCUCCAUGAACAGGGUGGUAAAUUUUUCUCUUCCAAUUUCUACAAACGUAAAGCAGCACUUCAUCCGGAUAUUGGUCCUGAUUCCCCAAUAGAUAUGACCAAGAAAACACUGAAAAAACACAAGGAAUCGAACAUUAAGAAGGUGGGAAAAGAGCAAACAAUGAUGAACGGAAGUCACUUUCCCGGAUACGAGUUCACCGACUAAAUCGUGCAUUGAAGGAAGGAUUAUUAGUCGCUAGUGCAUUUACAUAGACACUUCAUUGUUAUUGCAUGUAGUUCAAUACUUUUUUUGUUAUCGACUUUUUAUAUGAACUUGCCAAUUAUCAAGUAAGUUUACACGGCAAAUUCAACUUUAUAGCUGUUUACGUAAAAAGGGGAAUAAUUCCUUCUUUUCUAUGUAAAGGUGUCGGACACCGAUUCAGUGACUCUAGAAUUCACUACAAUUUUGUCCUGAAUUGAGAAAAGUCAAUGCAUGCCCCAUCUUUGCCAACUAAUUUCAUUCACCUUUUGUACUUAAAGAAGUUUUUUUUUGUCGGUGACCUUACUUAUUUGCUAGUAUAUUAUCCUGUUCCGGACAUUGUUCUCUGUCGGAGUUUUCUGUUCACGUCUGAAUAUUUCAUUAAUCUAAAAGAGGUGCUGUAUUGUUUUGAUACCUGUAUAAAACGAAAUAUAAUUCAACUACUAAGACUAGAAGUUCUUGAACAGUAUUUCAAUUAUAAUUCACUGGAAGUUAGUAAAUAAAAUACAUACACCCGUGUUUAUUUUGUAGUGGAUGCAAAAUGAAGAAAACCAUUUUAAUACAAUUAAAGGUACAUUUUUUUCCAGAUAUAAACACAUGUUCAUGUAUGUGAAUGUAUGUACACGUCAAUUUCCCCUCUCGUACUUCUACACUUUAUAUAAGUAUAAAUAAAUCAUGAAAUUCUAGUAAUUUCGAAAAUAUG